AUGACGCCCAACAUCAUGAAAAGUCAAACCGACACCUCGAAGUUUGCCGGUCAAGAUCCCAAAGCCACGGGCGCCACCGACCCAAAUAACAACAACUUCUCGAACUACAACCCUGCCUCCGGCGACAAGUCGAGUUCCAUCCUCAGUUCCGAGGGCGCGAUCGGCAGUCAAUUCAAGGCGGACGGUGCCAUCGGCUCGAUCGGUCAGGCGGUCGGUGGUCCCCUUGCUGCGAACGGUAUGAUCGGCAAGAAUUUCACGGAGCACGGCUCUGUAGGAGGAUCGAUCAACAGCGCGGUUGGAGGAACGAAGAAGGAUUAA